UUCUAGUGCAUAUGAUUUACUUUGAACAAUUUUCAUAUCGCCCAACAAACUGUUGAGAUCGAUAAAAGAAAAAAAAAUCAUCGUUUAGGCAUUUGUUCUUCCAUUGCCUUGUUUCAAUUAAUUUUGACACUGAACGAUCAAUUCAAACGUGAUUUUUUUUUUAUUCGUAACAUAUGUGUGAUGAAAAAUGAACAACUAUAUCGAUUCGCUGCUACUCGCCUUCAUCGCUUUCUUUGAUUGAUAUUAAUUUUUUAUUUCGUUCUUCUCUCGAACGAGUGAACGAUAGAGACACAGUGUGUAUAUUGAGUCGUUGUGUUUAAUUAAUUUGAGUGCGCAUCUUGAGGUUGUUUACUUUGACACGCGAAGUUUAUAUAUACAUUUUUUUGUUCGAUUUAAGUAGCUGACAACAAUAGCCGACAACGAUUGCGACGACAGCUCUGUACAGAUAACAAAAAUCAGUGUACGACGCCGAUAUUUAUCGUAUAUGGAGAUCGUUAGAACGUGUUUAGCCAUAAUAUAAAAUACUUUUGUGUCGAAUUUAUUUUUGUGGUUCGAUAAAUUUAGGGCAUUGCGUUCGCUUUUGUUGCCCACAUCUUUCUUCUCAGUUAAUUGUUUGACGAGUUUGAAUGCGCUAACAAGCAACAAAAAAAGGGCAUACAUUCAUCGAACGACGAACAUGAUUACAGCUGGACAAAUCAUCGAUUGUAAUGCAUGUGAUGAGUAGUUUUUUUUCGUUUUACGAGAAUAUCGAUUCGAUGUGAAACAUAACAUAAAAACCGUAUCUAGAAAACCACAUCCGGUCAUUUGAGUUGAACUAGUCAUAAAGGGAGAGAGCAAAAGAGGAUUUCAAUCAAAAAACGAAUAUCUCGUUGAAUUUGAACUUUGUUUACGCAGUUAUAUAUGCAAAUAAAAACGAUGUUGUUUAGAGAUCAAAAGCCACAGCACAUUUGAACGAAAAAAAAGGCGGAGUGUUUGUGUUUCAUGAUAAAAAUAUUUUCAACAAACGAAAAAAAAAAGACAUUCGAAAAAGGUUUACGAAUACCGAGAGAAUACAGAAUAAGAACAAAAGUCACGACGACAAAAAGAUCAUUUAAAAUUUGACCUUAAGUCAAAAGUGACGAGCAAUGACUUUUUGAAUUUCAACGAUUUGCAGCGGUGUUUGUGUACAUGUGUGUCUGUGUGUGCGCGCGAGCGUUUUUUAAAAAAACGACACGUUUGUGAUUGUGAAGGAAACUGAACUCUUUAGAGCUGACUGAGCAGUGCGAAAAAUACUAAUUUGCUGAUCAUAAUUGAUAUUCACAAUAUUCAGCGCCAAAGUGCCAAAGCACACCAACAAACUCUUUGCUGCUUCUUAUUCUAUUUCUUCUUUUGAUGAGACUUGCAUAAAUCAUUUUGCACUCGGUCGUUUGUUUUUCUUCUGUUGUAUUCUUCGGUCGUUUUUUGUUGUUGUUGGUUGGUCGGAGUUUAAAAGACGAUAUAGGAACGUUUGAUCGUGCGUACGGUGCUGAUUUAUCGUAAUGUGAUUUGAUUGUGUGAGAUAUGAACGUUAGCAAAAAAAAAGUUGGUGCAACACAAAGUGUACACUACAUCCACGUGUCGUUGAUGUCGACAUACUGAGUCGAACAUGAAAGGAAAGACAUUUUGUUAAAAAUAAAUUUUGCUCAAGUGUAUAUAUUCUGUGUGUAUGUGAAUUUUUUUUUGUUAUUUGUUGUUGUUGUUGCUGUAAUUGUUCAACGACAAAAAAUAUAUAUAUUUCAACUCAUUUGUGAGUUCAAAAGAACGGUUGCGCAUGAUACGAACAUUGCAAAUGGCUUGAUUGUAAUGCUGUGUAUAUAUUUGUCGCGCCAUACUAUACUCGAUCGGGUGAAGUGAAUUGACCCCGUUAACCCUUCGAUGACCUUACCUAUUUUCAUACUGAAAUCAACAGUGUGAAGAAUCAACAAGACAAAAAUCGAAACGAAAUUAUAGAACCGACCGAGAGUAUAUACAUAUGUUGUAUGAAGUAUAGACAGAAAAUGAAAAUAACACCAACUAUCGGACUCGUUUCAACUAUAUGAACUCUAACAUUAAAUUGAAGCAUUUCGAAAAAAAAAGAGAAUAACAUACAUACACAAAGCAAUCCAAUAAAAUAAUAGCGAAAACCCACAAUAACAGGGCCCAUUGAAGUAGCAGCAGUAGCAACAGCCAACACCAAAACAAUAUAUUCGAAUACUUAAAAUAGAACGGUGUCGUUUGAAACGUCGAUAGUGUGUAUGAACUGUUGAUAUUUGUUCCACAUUUACUCAGAAGCUCAGAGAGUCAACCAGUCACACCAGCCACUCAGUCCAUCAUCAUAUAGCGAAAAUUACACAUAAACGACAUUUUGUGUGUAAAUGUAUGAGAAAAGAAUGCACACAAGCGCAUGCAAAUUUGUGUAGGAUUCAACUGGUCAAGGGGUUCUCGUUCUCAAAACACGUCGGCUAAAAAGUGUUUACGUGGUAAAAUCAAUUGGUAAAACGUGGCCAAAUCGACAAGAAAUACAUUUUGUGAAAUACUAGAAUCAAAGACAUAAAAAAAAUAAAAAAACAAAAAUCAAGAAUCAUAAGAAACAUAUCGAACUGUCGUAAAAACAGACAUAAGAAAAGUAAUCGAACGAAAGAAAACAAAACAAAAACUUCAAAAGAAAUAAAAUCAUAGAUCUAUAAAUGAAUGUUGUUAAGUGCGUGUUUGUGAGAAACGGCGAAAUAACUUUACUUCAAUGAAAUUUAACAAUUCGAGCAGCAAUAACGGUAACAAAAACAGCAGCUCAGAUUGCGGCAUGAAUGAAAUUGACACUGAAACGCACGUUGUAUGGCCAUCUUGGUGUUAUGCAGGUGAUACUCCGUCCAAUGAUGACGCAUCCACAUUUGUAAGGAAUUUAACAUCAUCGACUUCGUUACACCACCAUUCGUCCAGUCUAUCAAAGCAAUUGAAAUCGGCAUCGUUGGCCGCCUCAUUAAAUGCUAUUGCUGCCGCAUCAGCAACAAAUUCACAGCAAGCACAAAAGUUCAAGGGCAAACGAAAAUCAAUCAUUGGCAACAAUAGCAGCAGUAUUUCAAAUGCAGUGGAUAAAAUGUUAAGUGAUCGUUUAAAUUUAGCCGAUAGUAAAAAAUUUUGUGAUAUGAGCAAUCGUACGAGUCCUAUUCCUAAUUUGACUGAAAAUAGCAACGGUAAUAGCGAGGAAGCAACAGAUUUGUCUGACACAAAAGCGAUAUCAGUAAGUGCAAUGGACUAUUUCAAAGCAACACCGAACAACGGUGACACAUUCAGUACAACAAUCAAUAACAAUAAGUUGAUAACCAACAAUAACGCAAACAUUAAAAACGAACGAUUCAGCCCACCACAACAAAUGCAAUCACAAAAUACAGCACAAUCAAACGGAGCCAACACCGAUGCACACUCAUCAAAUUCACGGUCAAGAAGUGUAACACCGUCUUCACAUCCCGGCACACCGCCACAGCAUCAGCCAAAUGAUUUAUUGUCGGGAUCAAAUUUUUCAACCAGUUUGGCAAAUAGUCUUACAUCUGGUCAAAUAAAACCUGAAUUCGCAACCGCUCGAACUUAUUCAGAUCAACUACGGAACUUUGCAGCUAAAUAUAAUGCAUUAAAUGAAUCAAACAGUGUUCGUAAUUCACUAUUCGAUUCCAGAUUUAAUAUGAGCUCAAUGAAAACGGGAAUAACCAAAGACAUGACAUCACCGGAGACUAUGAAACGAACAACCACAACAGUCCCGUCACCGAUAUCGAAUACCGCAAACAAUUUGAUAUCAACAUUAUUUUCAACAUUUCCGCCAACUGCAUUUCCAUCGUUGAUCGAUAUGCGGGGUUCACAACUACUGCUAUCAUUGGCGCAGGCGGCAAAAGAUAGUGAAAUAAAGCAUCAUAUUUUGAAUGGACCACAAAAGCGACUGACCAAACGGCAAACACCACCGAUUCACACAAAUGCGUUGCGUUCACAACAAUCACCUCCAUCAAAUGCAAAUACAUCUCCGCAAAAUCGUAUUCCAUUGCCGGCAAAUAUACCAAACACACUUCAGCUGUUGUCAUUACAGCAAAAGGCGAACUCUCUGCUAAAUAAUCAACCAUUUUUAGCAUCACCGUCAUCAUCAUCGUCGGCACCAUCGAUCAGUCAAACGUUGACGUCCACUUCAAAUAGUAAUCGAACAAGAGCAUUGUCUCCCCUAGAUUUGAGUGCAUCAACGCCAAUCGUGGCAAAACGUUUAAAAAUCGAAUCACAAAGUCCAAAUCGAAGGACGGCAUCACCGUCACCAACAACAGUUCAACAUCCAAGAACAAGUUGUGGCAGUAACAGUGAAUAUCCGACCGCAGCAGACGCAUCGCCAGCACAAAAUCAACGUCGAUGUCAUGCCCAAACCGAUGAGAUCAACUCCUGGACCGUUGAACAAGUGUGCAAUUUCGUUGGUAGCAUUGACAUUUGCGCAGAAUACGUAGAGAAUUUCCGCGAACAAUGUAUCGACGGUUCUGGGCUACCUUUAUUAACUGAAGACCAUUUAAUGCAUUCAUUGAAUAUGAAAUUAGGACCAGCAUUGAAACUACGAUCCAUGCUAUUGAAGAAGCUUGGCGGACCAUGUCCAUGUGUUUCAUGUUGCAAUGGCCCAACAAAUCCACAAAACAAUUCCAUGGCGAGUGCCAGUUCAGCGCCGAGCCCGCUCACUAGCGUUCGACGACCGUCAAGCACCGGUUCUGGUACUUAAAUCAUUGAAUACGAAUAAACAUAUUAAAAGCAACGAAUAAAAUAAAACAACAACAGAUUGUUUUCGUUAGAUAAAAUAAAGUUCGAAUCAAACUCUAAUUCAAGUUUAGAAUAUAUAUAAAAACAGAGAGAGAAUAUGAAAAUAGAUGUAAGUUUAUCGAAAAGUCAAAUCCUAAGAGGAUACACACAUAUAUAUAAAGUAUAUAGAUUUCAUCUGCAAUAUUUAUAAAUGAAUUUGUGAAUUUAUUUAAUUUAACAAUAGCAAUCAGCUAGAUUAAUAGACAUUAUAAAAGUGUUUUCGAAUGACAAUCGCUUUUAGAUACAUCCCGUUUUUAAAAACGUAAAUGAUUUAGGUGCAAAAGACAAUAUAAACAAUAUUUAGAUAAAUCAAAUAUAUUUAGAUAGUUUUAUGUUAAGCAAUGAAAAAUAGAAGCUAAAUUAAAAUUAUUUUAUGCAUCAUUGAGAGCACCCCCUAAGGCAGACUGAUUUAAUUUUUAUAUAAUUUCAAAUAAAAUUACUGUUUAUGAAAAAUAUGUGCUAAAAAAAUCUCUCUCUUACACACACACAAUUUCUCGAUUUGAUGGAGCUAAUGACAACUGAUUUGACUACCCAAAUGUUUGUGUGUGCAACUGAAAUCCCUCACAGCACUUUUGCAAUAUCACCAAUUCAAUUUAUCACAUGGUAGUUGUUAUUCAUUUAUUCAACUAAUUAAUUGUAAUUGCCAUUGCUUGCGGGCCAUUCCAUCCAUCUACCGCAAACAGUAUAUCAACACCAAACACUUUGAACACACACACACACAACCAAUUAACAACAGGAAUAAUUGGCAUUUUAUGUUCACAAUCGUCACACAAAACACGGACCAUAUUUAUUCAAAUAACUUUACAUUGUUUGCAUAGAUUCCAUAAAAUGUAUGUUCAUUAAAACGAUCAUUAUUAUUGAUGUAAUGCAUUGAAAUGCACCAACUUUGUUGAACGGUCUGUACCAUGUUGGUGGUUUGGAUGAGAAAAUAUCAGUUGAAUGUGAAAUCAAAACAAAAAAUAAGAAAUUAAUGUCAUCUCUUCCCUUCACUUCCAAAUCUGAUUAUAUACAGCACAAGUCGAGUAUAUUCGUCAUAGAUGCACAAAAACGUACUUAAUCAUUAUAUUUAAUUACACACUUAAUUACAAGAAAUUAUUUAAUAUUUCAAACAAAGAUUUAAAAAUGAAAAUACACGAAUGAUUUCGAUUAAAUUCGAAUUUGUUAUAAGUGUAUACGAGAAAAUGUUUUCCAAACACAUAAUCAAAAAGAAAAUCAAACGCAUAUUUAUAAUUGCCAAAAUAGACACACUUCCCAAUGGUAAGAAUGAAAAAAGCAAUUUUUUUUUUGACCAGACAUCCAUCAUUUCAAACUUAAUGGCCCCUUUAUGGAGACAAUAACCAUUAGAAUUAUUUUAUUCGAAAAUUUAUAGCUAAGAGGAAGAA